CACGCGCGCGGCGGCGGCGGCGGUUCCUGGUUGAGCGUGUAGAUUCUAUAGGAAGAGGAGGAGGCACGGGAGGGAGGCUUUGAGGCGAGGCCCUGGUCGGGGUCGCGGCGGCGGCGGCGCGCGCGCUCUCGCGGCGGGUCGGUUCGGUUCGGGUGGCGGGCGCGGCCAGGCCUUGGGCGUGCGGGUUCCGAGGUAAGCGCGAGGCCGCGGGCGGAGCCGGGCCCUCGAGUGCGAGAGCAGGCCGGGACCGGUGAGGCGAGGCGAGGCGAGGCGGAGCGGCGGCAGCAGCAGGCCAGGCCCCGGGCGGCGGCGGCGCCAUGAGCGUGGAGGCGUACGGGCCCAGCUCGCAGACGCUCACCUUCCUGGACACUGAGGAGGCCGAGCUGCUGGGCGCCGACACCCAGGGCUCCGAGUUCGAGUUCACCGACUUCACCCUCCCCAGCCAGACCCAGACGCCCCCAGGGGGACCCGGCGGCGGCGGAGGAGGCGGCGGCGCGGGUGGGCCCGGAGCCGCGGGCGUCGGGGGAGCCGCGGGCCAGCUCGACGCGCAGGUUAACGGACCUGAUGGUAUCCUACAGAAUGGUGCUGUGGAUGACAGUGUAGCUAAAACUAGUCAACUGUUGGCUGAACUGAAUUUUGAAGAAGAUGAAGAAGAUACUUACUAUACAAAGGAUCUCCCUGUGCAUGCUUGCAGUUACUGUGGCAUCCAUGACCCAGCUUGUGUGGUUUACUGCAAUACUAGCAAGAAAUGGUUUUGUAAUGGACGUGGAAACACUUCUGGCAGCCACAUUGUAAAUCACCUUGUAAGAGCAAAAUGCAAAGAGGUUACUCUCCACAAGGAUGGGCCCCUGGGGGAGACAGUGCUGGAGUGUUAUAAUUGUGGGUGUCGAAAUGUGUUUCUCCUGGGCUUCAUACCUGCCAAAGCUGAUUCAGUUGUGGUGCUCCUCUGCAGGCAACCCUGUGCCAGUCAGAGCAGCUUAAAGGACAUCAAUUGGGACAGCUCCCAGUGGCAGCCUCUGAUCCAAGAUCGCUGCUUUCUUUCCUGGCUGGUAAAGAUUCCUUCCGAGCAGGAGCAGCUGAGAGCACGGCAGAUUACAGCUCAACAGAUCAACAAACUAGAGGAGCUUUGGAAGGAAAAUCCUUCAGCAACUCUGGAAGAUCUGGAAAAGCCAGGCGUUGAUGAGGAACCACAGCAUGUCUUGCUGCGCUAUGAGGAUGCUUACCAGUACCAAAAUAUUUUUGGCCCACUUGUCAAACUGGAAGCAGAUUAUGAUAAGAAACUUAAAGAAUCUCAGACCCAAGAUAACAUCACAGUCAGAUGGGACCUGGGCCUCAACAAGAAGAGAAUCGCUUACUUCACUUUGCCCAAGACUGACUCUGGUAAUGAGGAUUUAGUCAUAAUUUGGUUGAGAGAUAUGCGUCUUAUGCAGGGAGAUGAAAUCUGCCUUCGCUAUAAAGGUGACCUCGCUCCACUGUGGAAGGGAAUUGGCCACGUCAUUAAGGUCCCAGACAAUUAUGGAGAUGAAAUUGCGAUUGAAUUGAGGAGUAGUGUUGGAGCCCCUGUAGAAGUUACUCAUAACUUCCAAGUGGAUUUUGUGUGGAAGUCCACUUCAUUUGACAGAAUGCAGAGUGCAUUAAAAACAUUUGCUGUGGAUGAAACCUCAGUAUCUGGCUACAUUUACCACAAACUGUUGGGUCAUGAAGUGGAGGAUGUGAUUAUUAAAUGCCAGCUGCCAAAACGUUUUACAGCACAAGGACUCCCAGACCUCAAUCAUUCUCAGGUAUAUGCAGUAAAGACUGUUUUGCAACGACCUUUGAGCCUCAUCCAGGGACCACCUGGUACAGGGAAGACUGUAACAUCAGCUACAAUUGUCUACCAUUUGGCUAGGCAAGGCAACGGGCCUGUGCUGGUUUGUGCACCAAGCAAUAUAGCUGUGGAUCAGCUGACUGAGAAGAUUCACCAGACCGGACUGAAAGUUGUUCGUCUUUGUGCUAAAAGCCGGGAAGCAAUUGAUUCUCCUGUAUCUUUUUUGGCACUGCACAACCAGAUCAGGAAUAUGGAUAGUAUGCCUGAACUCCAGAAAUUACAACAGCUGAAAGAUGAAACAGGCGAACUUUCAUCCGCUGAUGAAAAGCGUUAUCGAGCAUUGAAACGCACAGCUGAACGAGAAUUGCUCAUGAACGCAGAUGUGAUCUGCUGCACGUGCGUGGGAGCAGGUGAUCCAAGGCUUGCCAAGAUGCAAUUCCGAUCCAUUUUAAUUGAUGAAAGCACACAGGCUACGGAACCGGAGUGUAUGGUGCCAGUUGUUCUUGGAGCCAAACAGUUGAUCCUUGUAGGAGAUCAUUGCCAGCUGGGUCCUGUAGUCAUGUGCAAGAAAGCUGCAAAAGCAGGCUUGUCUCAGUCGCUGUUUGAGCGGCUGGUGGUGUUGGGGAUCCGUCCAAUCCGCCUGCAAGUCCAGUAUCGAAUGCAUCCUGCUCUCAGUGCUUUCCCAUCAAACAUCUUUUAUGAGGGUUCCCUUCAGAAUGGUGUCACUGCAGCUGAUCGUGUGAAAAAGGGAUUUGAUUUCCAGUGGCCCCAGCCAGAUAAACCAAUGUUCUUUUAUGUGACCCAGGGCCAAGAAGAAAUUGCCAGUUCGGGCACCUCUUAUUUGAACAGAACGGAAGCAGCAAAUGUGGAAAAGAUAACUACAAAGCUCCUAAAAGCCGGUGCCAAGCCAGAUCAAAUUGGUAUUAUUACACCUUAUGAAGGUCAACGAUCUUACCUGGUACAAUACAUGCAAUUUAGUGGCUCCCUACAUACAAAACUCUACCAGGAAGUGGAAAUAGCUAGUGUCGAUGCGUUCCAGGGAAGAGAAAAAGACUUCAUCAUUCUUUCCUGUGUGAGAGCCAAUGAGCACCAAGGAAUUGGAUUUUUAAACGAUCCCAGGCGUCUUAAUGUGGCUCUUACCCGAGCAAGGUAUGGAGUAAUUAUUGUCGGUAACCCCAAAGCUCUCUCCAAGCAACCACUUUGGAACCAUCUAUUGAACUACUACAAGGAACAGAAAGUAUUGGUAGAAGGACCCCUAAACAACCUCCGGGAGAGCCUUAUGCAAUUCAGCAAGCCCCGAAAACUUGUCAAUACCAUCAACCCAGGAGCCCGGUUCAUGACUACUGCCAUGUAUGAUGCACGUGAAGCUAUUAUCCCAGGAUCUGUCUAUGACCGGAGCAGUCAAGGACGUCCAUCGAACAUGUAUUUUCAAACUCAUGAUCAGAUCGGGAUGAUCAGCACCGGACCCAGUCAUGUCACUGCUAUGAACAUUCCUAUUCCUUUCAACCUUGUGAUGCCACCGAUGCCACCACCAGGCUAUUUCGGUCAAGCCAAUGGACCAGCUGCAGGCCGUGGGACACCAAAAGGGAAGACUGGUCGUGGGGGACGCCAAAAAAAUCGCUUUGGGAUUCCUGGAACUAGCCAGUCGAAUCUUCCCAAUAGUCAGGCCAGUCAAGACGUGGUAUCUCAGCCCUUCUCCCAGGGUCCAUUGACUCAAGGUUAUAUUUCCAUGAGUCAGCCAUCACAGAUGAGCCAGCCGGGGCUCUCCCAACCAGAAUUAUCCCAGGACAGCUACCUUGGUGAUGAGUUUAAAUCGCAGAUUGAUGUGGCUCUGUCACAAGACUCUACAUACCAAGGAGAACGGGCAUACCAACAUGGUGGAGUGACAGGGCUGUCACAGUAUUAGAGUGUCAAGAAAGAAGAGCUAAGCUUAUGUGGAGCUUAGUCCAUCAGCAUCUUAUUCUGGGUAAUAAAAAAAUAAAAUAAAAUGGAUACCUGUUUUCCACUGCUAAAACUGAAGCAUCACUGUGUGAGAGCAACAGGGGAGAGAGAAGAGAGAGAGAAACCAACCAAUGGGGAGACGAGAGGAAGGAGCAAGAGAGAAAGAAAGAGAAAGAGAGAGAGAUCACUGCUAGCACACUGAGACGAGGAGAAUGGCCGAAGAGGAGAGAGAAGCAGAGCACUGGCUGCACCGCGAUGGGAAGGCGGGACUGUCUCAGCAUCCCCCGGCCCGCCAGACUGCUCCCCCCGAAGCUCGCCCUGACCGAAUGAAUGGUCAGCUGAGUCCCUGCUCCCCCAGCCCAAUCAGCUAAGAGAGAAGGGCCUUCAGCAAGGCUCACUUCAUUCCAUACUCUGGUUUGUGAACAGGGCAGCGCCGUUCAGAGCAGGAGGGAUGGCAAACCCUCAUCUCAGAGUUAUUUUUUUUUUUAAGGGGACUAUGUUUUAGCAGAAAAAACUGUUCACAUUUUAGCAGCAGAGACAAGAUUCCUUCUUACAGUUGGCAGAACCCGCCACAUUUGGCAGCAGCAGAUGGCCAGAGCUCCACUCUGAGAUGCAGGGUUUGUUGUUCUCACUGGCUCUGAAACCUCAGUGUCAUCAUGUUGCCUGUGUUCUGAAAGGGUUUUUCAUUUAAAAGAAAAAUUUUUGGUUUGUUUUUGAGAGAUUCUUUCAAAGGAGCAUUAUUUUUUUUUGGUUUUUUUUUUUUAAGUUUGUCUCUGAAAUCUUAGCGGUGGACCUGGGAGAUAAAAGAAGCUUACCAGAAAAUUUUUUAAAAUCUAAAUUAGAAAUCACCAACCUCGAAGAGAACUUUCAGAGAAUUUUAAAGUUUCCUCAUUCAGCCUCUUCUUCCUACAAGGGAUCACAGUCAGUGAGGGAAACAGGGCCCAGGCCCUGAUUCCCUGUGGGGUCCAGCCUGAGGAGGCUUUCACAUUUUUCUCUAUGCUUUUCAUAGGCUAUUGUCUGGACUCUACUCUGUGAAAACCAGCCUUUUCUGUAAGAUGAACCGUGCGCUUAACAAGGGAAUGGGGCUCCAGGCCACGGUGGCCCUGGAGGAGAAGAUGCUAGGCUGCCUGCCCUGUUCACUCCUACUGAGGAAGGGGAAAAGUAGGGGCUCCUGGGGAUUAUAUUGGUUUUGAAGUAAAGACUCAAAGACAUUACUGAAGUGGGCUGAAAAAGGAAAGGAAUCGUUAUGGGCAAACAGGCAGUUGUUGGAAGGUGGCCUUUUAAAUAGCUGGAGGAGUCCUUAAAAACACAAACCAACCACAAACAAGGCCCAAGAGAGAAACCCUGGAGACCGACCCCUCCAGGUGGGGAACACCAAUACAGCGUCCUCAUGACUUGGAGGUGACACAUCAGAGAGCACACUUAAAGUGACCCGGUCAGUCUUUCUAAGCUCUGCCCAGCUCACAGCACUACUACAAACAGGACUGCUGGGGCCACACUUGGCUUGGCAGCCUUUUUAGAAACACUGAGUGCCGGGAACCUUCGACUUUUUGUCCUCCCGUUCUGUCAAACUCUCUAAAUUUGGAAGAGGUCUACCUCCUAAUUGGCAAGGGUCGGCAGAGUGUGACUUAACUAAAUGUAGAUAAUUUUUUUAAAAACCUUCCAGAAUUAAGUUAGCUUUAUGAUCAAGGGGCAUGAAGGGUUUCUGGCCUGAAACAUGGGGGCAAAUUAUUUCACUUAUCAUUUAGAGAACUUAUAAAUUGGCCCCUCCUGCCAGUAUACUAAAAUGCUAUAAUAAACUGCAGUAGGUUUUUUGUUUUUGUUUUUAUUUAAAAGUCAUUCCCCCCCACCCCAAUUUCUGUCCUUAAAAUUUUCUAGCUGGCCACUUAAGCAAAUUUGCCUUCAUCUGUAGUUUGCCAAGACCCCCCCCCCCCAAUUUCCUUUCAGAGAUCAAUGAUCAAAUGUCAUUAGAUUUCUACCCCAAACCCCGUUCUGGACAACAAUACUGGUGACUUGAGACGCAGGGCGCCAGGAAAUACCACCGUUUUGGUUUUGUCCCAAAGUUUACACAGAUGGCAAAAAAAAAAAAAAAACCCGCCCCACCUCCACAAAACCCCUCUCCCUCCCACCCCUGUCCACCUAGUCCCCACCUCCCACCCCUGACCCUGUACAACUCUUUAAAAAGCAAAUCAGCCAUUCUAUCCUAAAAAGAAAAAAAGCCUCCAGAGUUUAGACUUCUGAAAUGUACAGAUAACAGGUACACACGGGCCACCUUCCUUCCUGUGAGAUGGACUCUUUAUUUAUUAACAUUGCCGAGAGGCUUUUAAAUUUUUUUUCUUCCUUCUGGGUAGGCUGCAUAGUGCAUAGUUUUGAAAUAGGUUUAAACUGUAACCCUUUCUGCAAUGCAAUCCAUUGGGUAAUGUCCCCCCCCCCGCCCCCCACCUUAUUUCACUGGUUGGAAUGCUUUUUGCCUCUGCUCUGUGGCUUUUUUUUCUUUUAUUUUUUUUCUUUGUAGCGAGUUACUCUUGAGUUUUAUAAAUCCGUGAACAUCGGUGUCAGCACGGUGUCAUUUUGAUUUUUGGUCAGUUUGUUUUAAGCUGUUUGCCAUCAAUAAAAUAUUAAUAAAA